AUGCAAGAGCCACUUCGUGCUGAGGAUGGUUGGGCCAUAGAGUGGUUUACCAAGUUCCGAACAACCCAUCCGGUGGUCGAAGAGGGGGGCAUCCGUUCGAUCUCAUUAAGGAGCUGGCGAAACGAGCCAAUCCUAGAAAGGCCGGAAUAUCCUUCUAUAGCGUCCUAUGUUUUCGAAGAACUAGAACGGAAGGCCACCGCGAACUCGCGUGCCACACAAGGCGGCCUGAUAAUCAGCGGUAAAUCGGUCGGCUUGUCGUAUCUGCUUGCUCUGGCUAUACAUUGGAGGAUCUUCACGACGUGGCAUUGCGAAGCGGACACUGCGAUUGUCUUUGACCCUGCAGUCUCCGAGUCAGAGCUAUUCACAAUCAGGGCAAGUGAAUUAGCUUUUUGCCAUUUUCCUCGAGUUCACCUCGUCCUUUCCGACUCCGGUCCUGGAAACCCACACCCUCCACCAACCUUCAUGAAUGAGGCAAAUUGUGCACUAAUUGUGCAGGCAACAUCGACCGUUUUCGAGCGCGCAACGUACUCCUGGGCAAAGCGUAAGAUAGCGAUGUUGUGGCCCAUGGAUUUGUGGACUGAGAUGGAGUUUUCCAGCCUCCAGGAGUUGCGUGAGUUGGCUGGAGAGGUACCAACUGAAGACCCUGGCGAGUUCUACACUCCUUUACAACUAUUUCGAUUGCUUGGGCCGGCUGUUCGCCUCCCUUUCCAAAACCGAAUCAGAAACUCGGGAGAUAUCCAUGCAGACUUGGGUCAUCUGGUACCGUCACCGAAUAUCCAAAGCAUACGAAACUUGACCUCCCGUAUUGUCGACCCUACUAUAAUCCAGCAGGAAUUCGACAGUUUCGUUUUUGCGCUCCCUCCCCGCUUUCAUGGCCGCCACAAAUUGCGAUGGCCAUUGGGGUUUCAACCCCAAUAUUUUGUUCCGACCAAGUUUCUUGCUCGUCAAUUUGUGCGCGAGCUGGAGAAGUGCGCACUUGAAGAGCAAUAUGAGCGCGUCGCGCAAUUCUUCCACAUGCCGCAAGUGGCUGGCGUACUCUACGAGGCCUUGAUGCCUAAUUUUCUAUCGUUGGGCAACUCGCCGUUCGAGGCUAAAUUCCACCGCUCCAGCCUGACCUUUUCCCUGCCAUCUCGUCUUCCCAUUCAUCCCGCGCCAUUCCAUCCUUCAAGUGGGGUUUUGCCAAAUCCGAACCAACUAACCAUACCUCACCAAAGUUACGCAUCGUUCGAUGCUUUGACAGCCAGCAAAGUUGGGAACAAAAUGCAAGUCACUUUGUUCCAAGCAGCGAUUGCUCGGGCCCAUAAAAUAUGGGGUCAGGAUAUCAGACUGCUUAUUGAACUUUAUCAAAAACACCACGUCGACGUCGAGGUCUUAUUUGUCUUUGUUGUCCCUUCAGAUAGUGCGGGCGUAGCAGUGUCGCGGCCGUUCUGGGAGAAGGGGAUAACUCUCGGGGUUGGUGGACAAGAUUUCCACAUUCCUGUGGGUUGGGGGGCUAUUGAGCUGCCAAACAUGUUCACCACAAGUCUGCGGAGGCUCGACGAGAUGCAGGAGUAUCCCUUCCUCUUGCUGACUCAUGGGGAAGAGGAGGGCGGCACAUUUGCAGAAGCGCAACUGGUGGAUGAAGAGGUUCUGCCAGAGGUAACAGAACAACUGUGCGACUCGCAGACAAACCAGCAUCGUUCGCUCCACAAGCGAAAACAAACUCAAGCGAGGGACGACAAGCAAGAAUCUGACCAGGAACAAAACAUAACUCGGAGCCGAAACGAGGUUCCUGCUGGAAAGCGGCAGCGAACAUUGAAGUAG